GUUUCCCCGCCCCCGGUUGAUGGACAGCGGGGACACUGCGACUGCCGUUCGCCAUUGGGCAAAGGCCAAACCUUCUUGUAACGUUACUGGGCUGACACUUCUCACAAUGAGUCAGUUUUACAAUGACGUCGAGCCAAACAUUAUCGAUGAUGAAAUGGUUCUGAAAGCCAUUGAAAAGACGUGUCCAGAGGACCUUGGAGAACUUGCCCAAGGGGAAAAUAUUAACUUUAAGGAUGUGACAGAGCUACAGCUUAGCUUUAAAAGUAUCCUGCAGAUUGAUAAUCUGUGGCGGCUGGAGAAUCUGACUAAACUGCAGCUGGACAACAAUGUCAUUGAGAAGAUAGAAGCUCUGGAGAGUCUGGUUCACCUUGUAUGGCUUGACUUGUCCUUCAACAAUAUUGAAGUAAUUGAGGGCCUGGAUACCCUUGUCAAACUGCAAGACCUCAGUCUCUACAGUAACAGAAUAUCUAAAAUUGAGAAUAUGGACACGUUGCAAGAGCUGCAGAUUUUCUCCAUAGGGAAGAAUAACCUGACCAAUCUGGAAAAUGUUGUCUAUCUCAGGAGGUUAAAAAGCUUACGAACACUGAACCUGUCUGGGAACCCCUUCUGUGAUGACAAGCAGUACAUGCUCUUUGUUGUUGCUCAUCUUCCAAACCUGGUGUACUUGGACUUCAAGCUCGUGAGAGACACCACGAGAGAAGAUGCAGUUUCAAAGUAUCAAGAUCUUACAAAGCCCUUGGAACAAGAGGAGGCUCGGGCCCUUGCUCUUCAGGAGAUAAAACAGGCAAAGCAGGAAGAGCUGGAGUACCAUGAGACAGCCUUUGUUGAGCACCUGAGUGGAUCAUUCCUGUUUGACAGUCUGUAUGAAGAUGAUACAGAAGCUGCCAAACUGGCUUCCCUCCCUGGAGCGGGGGACCUGCUGCAGGCAUACAGGAAGGAGUUUGUCUCAGUUUGUGGGAAACUGUAUAACUAUGGACUGGAAGAGUAUGAAAAACGAGAAGCUGAAGUCUCUGAUUUCAACAAAAAACUUCAUGAAAUUCUAUUGGCCAGCCAGGAAGAGAGCAAGAAAGCAAUGUUUGACUUUGAAAAUCGGAACAAACAGAGGCUGGAUGAGAUUCAUCAUGCCAGGAGUUACGAUGUUGCUGAGUCUAAACGAGCCGAGUGCCAGGAGGACAUCCUUCAGCUGUCGGGUACACUCAUGACCUUGGAAGCGCUGCUAUCCAACGAGCUGGAGGCAGGAGCUGUGGCCUGUGUGCAAGCAGAGGCAGCAGUUUACUUUUGGGAGUGUGGAUGGCAGAAAUCAGCAGCUCAGAAUGGAUCCUCAGUGCAUCAGGAUUGUGCCUUUUAGUGUUUCCUGAGUUGGCCCUCACUAUCUGUGGUCCCUGAUGGGAUGAGCAGAAGCACUUCCCCCUGUGUGCCUUCCUGGAUGUGCAGGAUUUGGGUAUCAAGACAUUUAAGUGCAACACUUCACAGAUUCUCCAUCAGCCAUUUCCGAGGGAGGGAAUAGGCAGCAGCAAUUUUAAUUUCUGAAGAUUAACCCAAAAGCUGCAAUGAGCCCAGGCAGUGGUUAUGCUUCUGACAAGAGGCUCUUCACACAGACAAGGAGACAAGGCAGGGGGUGGGAAUACAGCCCUAUCCAGGCAUUCCUUAGGUGAGCGUAAGGAAGGAUCAGCUGGCUUGCCCCAGACACUUGGUAAAGGCAUCAUUCAGUCAACUUCUCUCCAAUAAACUGAUUCUGAUUUUCUGUCCCUGAAGGAGGAAAGAAAAUCUUGCAGCACUUUGAAAGCACUUUAAAUGCUUGAGGCAGUUUAGUUUCUGACUAUGCUAAUAACAGCAGUGAGUCCAAAUUACAAUAAAUUGUAGAUUCCUCCUAGA